UUGUUGUAGCAACGAGCUAAGCCAUGCCUGCAGCUGAAGCGUCUGUUGUUUCUAGUCCUAGACACAGUUGUUUCAAUUAAUGGUAAAUAAAUCAUCAAAUGUGGCUAGUUUUUGGCUCCAAAUAUUGACUAACAAGUUGAACAACGUCGUAUGUUCUGUAUUGGGUACAUUAGAUAGCUAAGUUAGCACUAUCAAGGUACCAUAGUACCCAUACAGGCACAUCUUUGCUGGAGCAAUGUCUGCAGUCAGCAGCCUGGUCCCAGCUCGAUUCCUGACUCUCACUGCUCACCUCGUCAUCGUCAUCACCAUUUUCUGGUCACGGGAGAACAAUGUUGAAGCUUGCCUGCCUUUGGAUUUCACACAGGACCAAUACGACAAGGAGGACACCAAGUUGGUGGUAGCGUUGUCAGUCACCAUGGGUCUGUUUGCUAUAGAGCUGGCUGGCUUCUUCUCUGGUGUGUCUAUGUUCAACUGCACCCAGGGCCUCCUCUCGACUGCAGCCCAUGCCAGUGCCUCUUUGGCUCUGCUGUUCUUUCUGUUUGAACAAUGGGCAUGUGAAAUAUACUGGUGGAUCCUUGCUUUCUGCAGUGUUCUCCCUGCGUUUGUGGAGAUCCUACUCUUCAUCGCAGUGUUCGGACUGAAGAAGAAGCCACUAUAACCGAGAGCAGUGUUUCACAUCGAUGUUCGGUCUGGAAUGUAGUGUCCAUCCUUCCCAGCACUUGUACACAGCUGUCCAAGUGUGUGACACAUUGUGACUGUUCAACAGUGUCAAGGAGACAUAUCGGAUGUUAGUGAUGUUGGAUGGUGAUCGUAGUGACAAAGACAAAAGAGCUGGUUAAGAUGUGGGUGGUCGUAGCUGCAGUAUCCGAUACGGUGACAGCAUAGGUUCGAAUCUGGCCUUCUGACACAACCUUUCUCUAUCCAUCAAUAGUCAGAUUAUUUUAUUUAUUAAUUUAAAGCUGUGGUCUGUGUUUCAGGAUUCAACGGUUGUGUGGACUGUGGACGUUGUAGAUGGAAACAGAGCUACUGUAUGUACCAAGUGUAGGAGUUAUUGUUACAUAUAGAGGCGGAUAUCACACUAUUGAGCAAAAGAGGAGAAGGAGGAGAAGGCAACACGUGAGUGCAUUUGCCAUUCUGGUAAAAAACAGGAAACCAAAGAUUAAACAGAUAGUAAAAUGGCUGAAGCCAUACGUGCUUUAAAGUGCAUUUAUGGAAAGAGCAGGACACCAUUAUGAAGAUUAAAUAGAGAGGAAAGGCCAUAAGUGCUUAGGGUAAAGGCCAUAAGUGCUUAGGGUAAGAUAGACAUAUAUUAAUUUUAGGACACGAGAGGGUCCUGCCACCAUUAUAAUCGAAUCAAGAGCGGAUACAGGCGUUAUUGGGCGUAAACAAGCAGGAAGCCGAAAUAAAAGAUAAUGGUGGCAGAUGACCUAGGAGAAGUAAUUGAAUUAACAUAUGUGAUGAACUCAUGUGCUGUGUGUGUAUAAAGACAGAGCCAGUGCUCUGGGAAGGUGUGUGUCCCGCGGACCAUCUAGGCUAAUGAUAUACUUUGUAUUAAAGCCUAUAUUGAAUUUA